AUGAUCAAAGAUUUCAUGUGUUUCAUUUUAAUUGCUUAUACUAAAACUCCAGAAGAAAUCUUGGAAUAUUUUGAUGUUGAUAUUGAACAUGGUUUAACCGAAAAACAACUUCAGGAGGCAAUUGGAAAAUAUGGAAAAAAUGAACUCCCUCAAGAAGAAUCUACUCCUUUAAUAGAACUUAUUUUAGAACAAUUUAAGGAUCAGCUCGUAAUCAUCCUUUUGAUUUCUGCUGCAAUAUCUUUUGUUCUUGCUUUAUUGGAAGAAGAAAAUGAACAGGGAACAGCUUUUGUUGAGCCGAUUGUCAUUCUUUUAAUUUUAAUUGCAAAUGCUACUGUUGGUGUAAUACAAGAAACUAAUGCUGAAAAGGCUAUUGAGGCUUUAAAAGAGUAUUCACCUGAUGAAGCAAAAGUUUUACGCAGUGGUCACCUCUUUAAAAUCCAUUCAUCUGAACUUGUCCCCGGUGAUAUUAUUGAUAUUGCUGUGGGUGAUAAAAUUCCUGCUGAUGCUCGCUUAUUAAAGAUUAGCUCUUCCACCUUUCGUGUUGAUCAAUCUCUAUUGACUGGUGAAAAUGCUAGUGUUAAUAAAGUCACUGAAGCAAUUAAUGAUCCAAAUGCUGUAAAGCAAGAUCAAAAAAAUGUGCUAUUUUCGGGGACUACAGUUGUAUUAGGAAAAGGCCGUGCAGUCAUAGUUCAGACAGGAUCAAGGACUGCAAUAGGAGAUAUUCACAAAAGUAUUGCAACGCAAAUAUCCGAAAAAACACCUUUAAAACGUAAAUUGGAUGAAUUUGGUGAUUUACUUGCUAAAGUUAUAUCAGUUAUAUGUGUACUUGUAUGGGUUAUAAACAUUCGUCAUUUCAAUGAUCCUUCACAUCAUAAUUGGGUUAAAGGUGCUAUUUAUUAUUUCAAAAUUGCUGUUGCACUAGCUGUUGCUGCAAUACCUGAAGGAUUGGCUGUAGUUAUUACUACAUGUUUGGCUUUGGGCACCAAAAAAAUGGCAAAAAGAAAUGCUAUUGUUCGUUCACUUCCAUCUGUAGAAACAUUAGGCUGUACUAGUAUUAUUUGUUCUGAUAAAACUGGCACUCUCACUACAAACCGCAUGAGUGUAUCAAGGGGUUCAAGUUAUUCACCACAUGGUAAUAUUUUUACUUCUGAUGACAAAAUUGUCGAAUCAGCACUUCCUUUAACUAAUUCUUGUGUAAAUGAUCUGGCUCAAGUUUGUGCAUUAUGUAAUGAUUCACGUAUUUCCUAUGAUGAUGCAACUUCUACAUAUAAUAAUGUUGGUGAACCCACUGAAGCUGCUCUCAAAGUACUUGUUGAAAAGCUUGGUACUGAUAAUCCAUCUUUCAAUUCUACUCUUUCUGAACUAUCAUCAAAAGCUCGUACAACCGCAUGUAAUGAUUAUUAUGAUAAUCUUAAUCGUCGUUCAGCUACACUUGAAUUUUCACGUGAUAGAAAAUCAAUGUCUGUUUUAGUACAAUCAAAAAAAAAUAGUUCUUCAUUUACAUUACUUGUAAAAGGUGCACCAGAAUCUAUACUUGAUCGUUGUAAAUUUGUACGUUUAUCAUCGGCAAUUGGCCCUGCAACUUCGGAAUUAACUCAUAAAAUUAGACAAGGAUUAAAUGAAAAAAUUUUAGAAUAUGGUAAACAAGGUUUACGUGUUUUAGCUAUUGCCAAAAUUAGUGGAUUGACAUCAUCAUCAUUGAGCAAUUAUAAUUUUAGCGAACCUAGUACAUUUAUUCAGAUAGAGCAAAAUAUGACUUUUAUUGGAUUUGUUGGUAUGCUUGAUCCACCACGUCCUGAGGUUGCUGGAUCAAUAAGAAAAUGUGUAACUGCUGGUAUUCGAGUUAUUGUGAUUACCGGUGAUAAUAAAAAUACAGCUGAAGCCAUCUGCAGAAAAAUUGGUAUAUUUGGUGAACAUGAAGAUUUAACAGGAAAGUCAUAUACUGGUAGAGAAUUUGAUCAAAUGUCAAAAGAUGAUAAAUUAUUAGCAGUAAAACGAGCUAGUUUAUUUUCAAGAACCGAACCAAUCCACAAAUCUGAGCUUGUUGAUUUACUACAAAGUCAAGGUGAAAUUGUUGCUAUGACGGGUGAUGGUGUAAAUGAUGCACCAGCUCUCAAGAAAGCUGAUAUUGGUAUAGCAAUGGGAUCCGGAACUGAUGUUGCCAAGCUAGCUGCUGAUAUGGUUCUUGCCGACGAUAAUUUUGCAUCUAUUGAAGGAGCUGUUGAAGAAGGUAGAUCUAUAUAUAAUAACACCAAACAAUUUAUCCGCUAUUUAAUAAGUUCAAAUAUUGGUGAAGUUGUCAGUAUUUUUUUAACAGUAAUACUUGGUAUGCCAGAAGCAUUAAUACCCGUUCAACUUCUCUGGGUAAAUCUUGUAACUGAUGGUCUUCCAGCUGUUGCACUUGGGUUCAAUCCUCCAGAUCAUGAUAUAAUGAGAUGUCCACCAAGAAAUGCUCAUGAACCUAUUGUUGGAAAGUGGCUGUUCUUUCGCUACCUUAUUGUUGGUAUUUAUGUUGGUGCAGCUACAGUGUUUGCAUAUGCUUGGUGGUUUUUGUUUUAUGAAGAUGGACCACAAAUUUCUUUUUAUCAAUUGUCUAAUUUUCACAGGUGUAAUGAGUUAUUUCCGGAAAUUGGUUGUGAAAUGUUUUCUAACGUAAUGUCUAUGCGUGCAACCACAAUGUCACUUUCUGUUUUGGUAACCAUUGAAAUGUUUAAUGCCACAAACUCUCUCAGCGAAAAUGAAAGUCUAUUAACCCUUCCAGUAUGGAGUAAUAUGUACCUUGUAUAUUCGAUUUGUCUUUCAAUGUUAUUACAUUUCAUGAUACUCUAUGUUCCAUUCUUUUCGAUGCUUUUUGCAAUUGUACCUUUAACUUGGGCUGAAUGGCAAGCAGUCAUAUAUAUAUCAUUACCUGUUAUUUUUAUAGAUGAAAUAAUGAAAUUUUUGAGUCGUGUAUAUGUUGCUCCUCCAACAAAAAUCAAAGUUGAAUAA